AUGGUUAAUGCGGUGCAGGCGAUUCUGCGCUUAGCGUAUUGUUAUGGUCUUGCGGUUGGAGUAAUGAACUUCGAAGUGGAUUGGCCGACCGGAAAAGCUAUAGCCACUCGACGAGUCACGAUAUUCUCAGCGGUGCAUAAUAUAGGUCUAAUCACGCUGCUUAGUGUGCUCGGCCUUAGCAAUAACAACUGGAAAUCGACUUUGGAUAACGCUCGGCUUUUGCAUGAGUACUUUUUCCUGCUAAUGACGGUGGUGCGGAAUUUGGCCGUGAUGCUAUCUAUGAUCACCCGAUGGAUCCAGCGUUCCAAAAUCCUCAGGCUGUGGAAUCAAAUAAUUGAAUUAGUUCGGGAAAGACCCUCGGUGGUUCUUCGCUAUCGUCGGCAUAUUAUUAUAAAAUUUGUAUUCUGUGUUCUUUCUGACUCCAUGCACAUGAUUUUGGACAUAAGUGCUCAACGUAAAAAUCUCACUUUCGGCUUGUGUGUAAGCCUACUUGUGGGAGCCCUCUUUACCACCAUAUUCAACAUGAUCGUGGUUCAGUAUUAUAUCGCCAUACUGCAAAUUCUUGGGCUCUAUAAUAUUCUUGAAGAAGAUUUACGGCACUUAAUUGGUGAAGCUGAAACUAUUUGUCUUACUCGCAAACGUGGCGGAGGAGUUUUCGCAACAAAAUGUUGCUUCUUAGCAGAUCAACUAGAUCAGUUAGCCGAAAGACAUUCUAAAUUGAAGGACACACUUGGCGAAAUGUCGGAGAUUUUCCAAAUACAGAGCUUAAGCAUGAGCAUGGUUUACUAUCUUUCCUCGGUGGGCUCCAUAUACUUCACUUUCUGUUCGAUUUUGUACAACACAACAGGAUUUGGUUCCACAUAUUGGGGACUUCUGCUCAUUGCUUUGUCGACAAUAUUCUUUUACGCGGAUAAUUGGAUAACGCUAAAUAUUGGAUUUGAUAUUUGCGAUCAGGAAAAUGAGGUAACCAGGGUUUUGGCAGAGCGAACUUUAUUCAGCCAGGAAUUGGAUACAAGACUAGAGACAGCCUUUGAGAACUUCCAAUUGCAGUUGGCCCGCGAUCCCUACGAAUUCUAUGUUUUGGGACUCUUUAAAGUGGAACGCAGUCAAUUAAUGGCCAUGGCCAACUCAAUUUUAAUUCAUUCUAUUAUGCUGGUUCAAUCGGAGCUAAAGAAUAACUGA